CACAUCCUCCUGUGCCCUCAAGAUGAACCCUACAGCCGUGUGCAUGGUGGUGGUGGCGGUGGUGGUGGCUGCCUCAGCAAUGCCCGCCCCGGGAGUCCACGGUGGAAGCAGUGGAAGCAGUGGAAGCAGCUACGGUAGAAUAAGUGGAGCAGCCUUUGGUAGUGGAGGCUUGGGUGGUAGUGGAGGCUUGGGUGGGAGUGGAGGCUUCGGUGGCAGUGGAGGCUUCGGUGGCAGUGGAGGCUUCGGUGGCAGUAGAGGCUUCGGUGGAGGAAACUUCGGUAACUUUGGCAGUUUUGGUGGACUGGGUGGAUUCGGUGGACUUGGCGGUCUCGGAGGUGGAAGUGGAUACUACGGAAGUGGAGGAUUUGGCAAUGGAGUCUUCGGGAGUGGAGGCUUCGGAUCAGGUGGAGGCUUUGGUGGACUGUUUGGUGGAGGCUCCUUCGGUGAUGGAUCCUUCGGCACUGGAUUGGGCAGUGGAUCGUUCGGUGGAGGAUCCUUCGGGGUUUCCAGCGGCAGCUACGGGCGGCGGCGGCUCCUCCGGUGGUAGUUAUGGAUACAGGAAGUGAGCGCCCUGACUCGCGCACACGCCCACCUCCACUACGCGCCCACCUCCACUAAGGGCAUACUCCACUAGGGACUUUCCACAACAGCACGUGAUGAAUAACCCAAUACUUUCACUUUAGUUGUGCAUCAGUUUAUUAUUUUCUUUUUUUUUUUUCCUUUUCUAAAUUGAAGUUAAAAUGAGUUCCCUAAAAAAUUAUGGUAUUGAUGGUAGUUUUGAUGUUUUGCAUAAAUAAAUAUUAAAAAAAGUA